UUGUAGCAUCAUCAUCUCCUUCAGCAGUCAUGAUGAAAUCAUGCAGAGGAAAGCUACCUCUUUCUAUUAUCACAGUUGCACUAUGCAGCUUUGCUUUCCUUGCUCUCUUAUAUACGGAAAGACUAAGCUUCAUCUCUUCGAAUUCUCUUCUCAGUUCUAGAUCCUGUGCUAGAAGAAGUUCUGCUGUAAAAGCUAAGAAAAUGGUGGGAAACCCUGAACUCGACGACAGGUUCGAGUUCGACCCGGAAGAAUGCGACAUAACUCGGGGGAAGUGGGUGUUCAACCGUUCUAUCAAGCCUUUGUACACCGAUAGGAGUUGCCCGUACGUGGAGAGGCAGUUUUCUUGUGAAAAAAAUGGACAGCUUGAGUUUGAUUACCGUCAUUGGGAAUGGCAGCCAGACGACUGUUACUUGCCUAAAUUUGACCCAGAAGUUGCACUCGAAAAGCUUAGAGGGAAGAGGCUAGUCUUCUCAGGGGAUUCCCUUCAAAGAAAUCAAUGGGAAUCUUUCGUUUGUAUGGUGGAAUGGACUAUUCCUCCCGAAAAGAAAUCUAUGACACUAGGCAAAGUUCAUAAUGUCUUCAAAGCCAAGGAAUAUAAUGCAACAAUUGAGUUUCAUUGGGCUCCAUUUCUAGUUCAAUCCAAUACGGAUAUUAAUAUCAAGGAAGCGAAGAAGAGAAUCAUCAAAGUAGAUUCAGUUUCAAAUACCUCAAAAGACUGGGAAGGAGCUGAUAUCCUUGCCUUCAAUACUUACGUUUGGUGGAUGUAUGGCAUUAGGGUCAAAACAUUGUGGGGUUCGUUCGCCAAUGGUGAAGAGGGUUAUGCACAGCUGGACACACCGGUUGCCUACAAAAUUGGACUGAAGACAUGGGCUAACUGGAUCGAUUCAAACAUAAAUCCCAACAAGACACGUGUUUUCUUCACGACUAUGUCCCCUACUCAUUCAAAGAGCCAGGAGUGGGGGAGGGAAGAUGGGCUGAAAUGCUUCAACGAAUCAGAGCCAUUGAAGAAGAAGAAUUUCUGGGGAAACUUCGCCGCAAACAAGGAGAUGAUGAGCGCAGUGGAUGAAGUGAUGAAGAAACUGAAAGUUCCAAUUUCGGUUCUUAACGUAACGCAACUUUCAAUGUACAGAGUCGAUGCACAUUCAUCCAUUUAUACAGAGACCGGGGGAAAGCUUCUGACGCCCGAGGAAAGAGCAGAUCCAAAGAAACAUGCCGAUUGCAUCCACUGGUGCUUGCCUGGAGUUCCAGAUACAUGGAAUCAGAUACUCUUUGCACAUUUGUAGCCAGAACAAGGUUAAAACAAAACAGAUAAAGUUUAUGUACCAGUUAUGUGCUAUUACUUUUGUAUCUGC